AUGGAAUUUUUGUCCAUAUCCUUUUUCCCAACACACUUAGAAUAUCAUCCUCUGAUGGAACUUGUUUACACCAUCCUCAGUUGUUUUCAUAUAAAAGCUUUUUACUUCACACUUGUGGCCAAAUUAGCCAAAGAGGACUUCAUCCCUGAGCUCUUAAAGAAUGUUGUUGUAACUGAAAUCAUGGUGCCUCCAGAUAGAGAAGCAAAUCUACAAAGGAUCCUGUUUAAUCCCUGUCAUAUAUGUGCCGAUAACUCUUCUGAGUGUUAUUUUAAAACCAAAGACGACUUUCAUUAUAAAGGAGAUGUGAACAUUGGUGUAUUAUUCUCAAUUCAUUAUUACUACACAGCCAGUAAAGUUCCACACACAUUUGUGCCAUACUAUUUCAAUGACAUUUACUUGCAGUAUAAUUUUAAAAACUAUGAGUUUAUUCUGGCCCUGCUAUUUGCCAUUGAGGAGAUCAACACACAUCCCCAUCUUUUACCAAAUAUAUCUCUGGGGUUUGAUUUUCAUAAUACAAGGAAGACUGGUUAAAAAAAUGAAGAGUUCAGUAAUUCACUUCAAAUUCUAUCACAGAAGUUUACCUUUAAAAUCAGGAUAAAGCAAUCUGAGUAUUGCUAUCUGUCUUUAGAAUGGAUAUUGUGUUUGAUACCAUUGUUUGACUAUUGUUCCUAAUUGCUUUCUCUUCAGCUUGCCAUUGGUCCUUUUGAUUCUAUCUUGAGUGACCAAAGUCAGUUUAAUUCUCUUUAUCAGAUUGCUCCCAAAGGCAAUCUGUCACUUGCCAUGGUCUCAUUGAUGGUUCAUUUUGGCUGGAAUUGGGUAGGUCUGCUUCUUCCAGAUGACCACAGAGGAACUGAGUUUCUGUCAGAUUUAAGAAAAAAUAUGGAGAAAAAUAGUGUCUGUAUAGCUUUUGUGGAAAUGAUCUCAAGCACAUGGACUUCAUUUUCCCACAAAUUCUGGGCACAUAUGGGGAAAAUACAGGAAUCAUUGGUGAAUAUCAUCAUUAUUUUUGGUGACAGUGAUUCACUACAAGGUUUGAUGCUAAAUCUGGGGAACCAGUUUUUGACAUGGAAAGUCUGGAUCAUGAACUCUCAAUGGGAUGUUACCAACCACGGUGAUUAUUUCUUGCUAGAUUCAUUCCAUGGAAGUCUCAUUUUCUCACUUCAACAUGAACAGUUGGUUGAAUUUCCAAAUUUUAUCAAAACAGUAAAUCCUUUCAACUACCCAGAAGACAUUUACCUUCCAAAGGUAUGGUUUUUGUUCUUCAAAUGCACAUUCUCAGAGAUUGAUUGUCAACUUUUGAAAACAUGCCAACAAAAUGCUUCCUUGGAAUCCCUGCCUAGACACAUUUUUGACAUGGCAAUGAGUGAAGAGAGUUAUAAUAUAUACAAGGCUGUAUAUACUGUUGCCCACAGUCUCCAUGAGAUGAGCCUUCAGCAAGUACAAACGCAACCAUUUGGAAAUGAGAAAGAAAUGGCGUUCUUUCCCUGGCAGCUUCACCAUUUCUUGAGGAAUAAUCAUGUCAGAGACAAAAUGGCUUUAGAUUGGAAACAGGAGUUAGGUGAUAACUAUGAUAUUCUCAACUUUUGGAAUUUUCCAAAGGGUCUUGGACUGAAAGUGAAAGUGGGAACCUUUGUACCCAAUGCUCCCCAGGGUCAACAUUUGUCAUUAUCUGAACAGUUGAUACAAUGGCCAAAAAUAUAUUCAGAGAUUCCUCAGUCUGUGUGCAGUGAGAGAUGUGGGCCUGGAUUCAGGAAAGUUGCCCUGGAAGGCAAGGCUGUUUGCUGCUGUGUUGUCACUCCUUGUCCAGACAAUGAGAUUUCUAAUGAGACAGACAUGGAUCAAUGCAUUAAGUGUCCAGAAAGUCAUUAUGCAAACACUGAGAAGAUGCAGUGCCUCCAGAAAGUUGUGAGUUUUCUUGACUAUAAGGACCCCUUGGGGAUGUCUCUCACAACCAUAGCUCUUUGCUUGUCUAUACUCACAGCUGUGGUUCUUGGACUCUUUGUGAAGUACAGAGACACUCCAAUUGUCAAGGCUAAUAAUAGGACACUCAGUUACACCUUGCUCAUCACACUCACCAUCUGUUUUCUCUGUACCUUUCUCUUCAUUGGUUGUCUCAACACUACCACCUGUAUCUUGCAGCAGAUCGCAUAUGGAGGUGCAUUCACUGUGGCUCUUGCAACUGUGUUGGCCAAAGCAAUCACGGUAGUUAUUGCCUUCAAGGUGACUUUUCCAAGCAGAGUGGUGAGGUGGUUAAUAAUAACAAAAGCCCCAAACUUUAUCAUCCCCAUAUGUACUGUGAUGUACCUUGUCCUCUGUGCAAUCUGGCUAGGAUCCUCUCCUCCCUUCCUUGACCAAGACGCUCAUGCUGAACAUGGACAUGUCAUCAUUGUGUGCAACAAGGGCUCAGAUUUUGCCUUCCAUGGUGUCCUGGGAUACCUCUGCUCCUUGGCACUUGGGAGUUAUACUAUGGCUUUCUUGUCCCGGAAUCUGCCUGACACAUUCAACGAAGCCAAGUUCCUGUCAUUCAGCAUGCUGGUGUUCUUUUGUGUCUGGGUCACAUUCCUCCCUGUAUACCACAGCACCAAGGGGAAGGUCAUGGUGGCUAUGGAAGUCUUCUCUAUCUUGGCUUCUACUGCAGCCCUCCUUGGUUUCAUUUUUGUGCCAAAGUGCUACAUAAUCUUGAUAAGGCCAGAUAAGAACUCUUUACAUCAUAUCAGGAACAAGUCACAUUCUAGCAGAAAUAAAACUCCUAGUUCAAAAAUAAAAUAG